AUGAGUUCGCCUCAACGUCUAACCAACUAUGCCGCCUUCACUCGUCCCGAAACCGGCAUCAGCCAAAUCGGCCACUUGGACGCAACGGUUGGCACGAUCCAACCCCUCAGACUGCUCUCCGGCUACCCCCUCAAGGAUCUCUACCAGGUCAUCGAAGCUGGUCCUUCGCAGAUAGUCCCCUCAGGUUCGGCUCUACCCCUCGCAUCCGUCAAGAUCCUGCCGCCCCUUGCAGGUCGCGAUGUACUGGCUGUGGGGAAGAAUUACAUGGAGCACGCAAAGGAGUUUAACGCCUCGGGGUUCGACAGCUCGGACAAGGUUGACAGGCCGAGCCAUCCCGUCAUCUUCACAAAGCGCGCGACGAGCAUCAUUGCCGACGGCGAGGCCAUUUACUUGCAUCCGGAGUUUUCAAAGACGGUCGACUAUGAGGGCGAGAUUGGCGUCAUUGUGGGCAAGGCUGGGUUUCGGAUUCCCAAGGAAAAGGCCAUGGAGCAUGUCUGGGGAUACACGAUUAUCAAUGAUGUGACGGCGCGAGAGAGACAGCGAGACCACAAGCAGUUUUACAUUGGCAAAUCGGCAGAUACAUUCUGCCCCAUGGGGCCUGUCGCGGUUCCCAAGGAAGACCUUCCUGCGGUGCUGCGCGUUCAAACGCAUGUCAAUGGCGAGCUACGCCAGGAUGCAACCACUGACGAGCUCAUCUUUGAUAUCCCUACUUUGAUCAGCACGCUUUCAGAAGGACAGACACUGCUGCCAGGCGAUGUGAUUGCCUCCGGAACGCCAGCUGGGGUUGGCAUUGGACGAAACCCGCCCCUAUUCUUACAAGAAGGCGACGAGAUCACCAUCACCAUUCCUGGCAUUGGCACAUUAAACAACAAAAUCACUACUGUGAACGCCACCCGCGAGCGCCUUGCUUCUCAGUCUGCCUUUGGCCUCUCCAACGCGACGCGCUCCCUCAGCGGCACAGCAGGACUGACCAACAUCAAUGGCAAGCCGCUGCAUUACAAGAGGCUCGGCUCCGGACAAGACAACAUCAUCUUUGUCCACGGCCUAGGCGGAACGGCAGAGUAUUUCUUGCCCGUAAUCUCUCAGCUUGGACUCGACAAACACAUGACAGUGCAUCUGUUUGACUUUGAGGGCCAUGGGCUCAGCCCUACCCAUCCGUUGAGCGUCGUGAGCGUGGACUCGCUGGCGGCGGACCUUGCAGGCGUGUUUUCACACGCUGGAAUCACCAAAUCCAACCCUGCGGUGCUCAUAGCAAACUCCUUUGGCUGCAUCAUUGCGCUCAAGUUCAUGCUCGACAACCCCGGCAUGGUGCAGCAGCUUGCGCUCAUCAGUCCGCCGCCGUUCCCUCUCCCCGAGGCCCAUCGAAAGGUUUGGCAGCAGCUGAGCGAGCUCGCCCGCAAUUCGGGAAUGGAAGCGGUAGUCGAUGAUGUGAUCCUCGAGACCACGUCUGAGCAUACGAGGAAGAAGAAUCCCCUCGCAGUGGCGGCGGUUCGGCUGAGUUUGCUUGGACAAGAGCCGGAGGCGUUUGCGAAAGCCUGCGAUGCUUUUACGGGAGAUGUCGAGGGCGGGUUCUCGUUGAAUGGGAUUGAUCUGGAGUAUAUGGAAACGCCCAUUGAACGAAUCAUCAUGGCGGGCGAGAAAGAUGUGCUGGCUACGCAAGAGGUGAUUCGGGGUUAUGCUGAGAAGAUGAUGAUGGAUGUUCGCUGGCUUGACAAUGUCGCUCAGUGGGCUUUUUUUGAGGAUUUGAAGCACGCAUCGGAGGCCUUCCAUGACUUUAUAGUGACCGUGUAA